CACGUGAAGUAAAUGGAUUCCUUUGACCUAUUUAUGAGGCAAUAGUGCACACAAUUUUGGAUACUGGUUACACAUAAUACAUACCAUAUUAGAAAUGCAUAUCAGCUUUCCAUUCCUUUAUUUACCAAAAUUUAACAUGAUUAAGAACCCUCAAGGGGGGAAUAGAUGGUUGUUAUUGUAUUUUCAUUUACUCGAACAAAUAGAUCUACACAAACCAGAGGAAAAGAAAUGCAUGAUUGAGAGAUCCAGAUGGAGGGUUUCCAAAAGCUUCAAGAUGAUUUAGAAAAAGUAAUAGAAAAGGAGGACUCCAAUUCAUCAAUUACUACAGACUCGGAUGAAAAACAUGAGUUCCGAAAUUUGCGAGAACGGUUGAUGUACAUCCUUCACACGAACAAGUUCAACAUCAUUGUUGUUGCCCUGGUAAUUCUGGAUUCACUCCUUGUGAUUGCAGAGCUUCUCUUAGAUAUGAACAUCAUUGAGGUUUCUGACCAUAGAGGAGGUGCCGAGCUUGCCCCAAAAAUCCUGCAUUACUCUAGUCUUGCCAUACUCAGUGUGUUCAUUGUGGAGAUUUUCGUCAAGUUGUACGCUUAUCGACUGAGCUUCUUCCGACACAAGAUGGAGGUGUUUGAUGCAGUUAUCGUGAUCGUGUCCUUUAUUCUCGACAUUAUUUUCCGCAACAAGGAAGGCCCUGAAAGCGGUGCUGGGUUGUUGGUCAUUCUGAGAUUGUGGCGAGUUACUAGAAUUCUCAAUGGUAUUGUGGUAUCUGUGAAGAAACAAGCAGAAAAAAAGAUCCAAAGAGAAAAACGAUUGCGCAUGGCCUGUGAGAAAGAACUGUCGAAAUACAGAGAAUACUGCGCUACGCAGGAACAAGAAAUCGAGCUAAUGAAAGGCCUGCUUCUCAAACACGGAAUCGACCUGCAUGAGUCCCAAUCUCAGCCCCCAGAGGUCAGCAAGAAGGAUAUCAUAGCAGACAUCAAUCUUGUGGCUGAGAGUGAGAAGGCCCCGCCCUUUCCACCAGAGACCCCGCCCACUGGGGAACACUCAGACACACCUGAUACAAACUAGCUCCCAUCUGAGAAUAAAGUUUAGUUAUAGUGAAAGUCAUUUAUUUUUGUGAACAUAUUGUAUACAGAUUUGUAUGGCAUUUUUUUUUUGUCGGUAAACCUUGUAUUUAUACACCCCCCCUUCCCCACCCUUAACCCAUCCCCUUUUUCCAAAUGUGUUCCAUAUAUAUCCCAUUUACGCAUCUAUUGUGAAAUAUUUGUUGUGAGGAACUAGCUAUAUUGCCAUAUUUAAUCAAAUUUUUAAAAUCCUGAUAUUAGAUUGUAAGAAUUUGUGCUACUAGGGAAAUAUUUACUAACAAUUCUACAUAAAAUGUACCAGGUGAUAAUUUGGUUUUUUUUUUUGGUUUUUUUGGUUUUGUUAUUUGCCAGUGAGGAAAAUCUCAGAAAGUUCAUUCAAGGAGAAGACUGCUUCAUUUGCCAAGGGUGACAAUCCAUUACUUUACUCCAAAGAAAUGAAUUGUCUCCUUUAGUGAUGAAACAUGUCUAGAAUAUUGCUAUUAUUUUACAUUAUAUUUAUACUUUACAAAAUAUAACAGUUCAGUAGUGCUUAUCCCCAUUUUUCAUGGUGGUUUUUAAAAAUUUUUCAAUAUACUAUAUUUACAUGUGUGAAAAAAAUGUUACGUUUGCCUAAUGUAUGAUCAGAGUAUUUUUAUAGAUUUAUUUUCAACUGGAAAUGGUUUAUCAGUAAAAUUAUCAGUGAACAAUAAUGCUUUUAAUGCUGUACAAAAGAAAGGUUUUCUUUGAUGGGUUAUAUGUUGGAUUUCUGUCAAAAGCUGUUUUUUUUCCCUGCUAGAUGCUCAAAAUACCUGUUUCCCUUGGCAAUUGAAAGAGCAUCAAUUUAAGAUUCAUGUGCUUUUAUAUACAUUCCACUAUGUGCAUGUACCAUGUUUGAUUAUUUAGUCCAUUUGAAUAUUGUUAAAUGCACUUAGUUAUUACAUAUAUUUUAUAGUGAACACUCAAUGUAAAUGUGCAGUAAAACAUGCUAAUAACAAAGUGUCAAGGAUGGGCAUUUUUACUUCAUUCUAAGCAUAAUUUGUUACAUCCAUCGAAAUAACAACAUGCAAUAAACUCACAGGGAAUGAAAAUCACUUCGCUGUAAGCGUCAAUUCGUUAUAGGCGUUUUCACUAUAACCGUGUUUUCACUUUCUUUCAGUAUGAUCUUACAGUUAGGAAAUUUUAAAAUAUGAUUACAGUUCAUGUGUUUUUUCAUCACUGAUGAAAGAAAAAAGAGAAAGGUCAUGCUUUGAUUUUUUUUCCGAUUAUGAUAGGCAGUUACUCUGUGCAAUACUUAAAUUUUUUGUUACUUGAAGUAUGUGUAUCUAGAAAUAUGGGAGUUAUUUCCAUAUUAACAAAACUACUCAAUUUGAUGGCUUGUACAUGGAAAAAUGAAUUAUUUUACUUAACCGAUUUUAUUUUGUCCAAUUAGUGUCUUUCGUGAAUUUAAUUUGGUUUUGUUGUUUAUUAUUAAAAAUGUCCUAAAUUUUGUGUAUUUAUAGUAAAUAGUCUGUAGAUCUGUGACCCCCCCCCUUUUCCCACAAUCUCAUUAUGAAUACAAAAACAUAAUGAACAUGUAUUCAUAGUUUAGUUAUUUUAAUUACAGUACUAUUUUCUUUUUGUCUUGAUGCCAGGUUUGUAUCAUUUACGAACAAGUAGUUUUGAUCAGAACUAUAUUCUUUAGAUCUUAUUUAUGUGGAAGAUACUGUU